UCGAAGCGGGCUUAAAGUCAUAGAUUGUCAAACAUUGUACGUAAGGAUGGCAGAAUUUCGAGCCAUGUAUUACGCAGCACUGCUUUGUUUCAUUGUUAAAAUUGUACAAAGCGGCAACGUGCCUGUUAAUUCUCUAAUAAAUAACCCGGUUGUACAAGUGGAACAAGGUCGAUUGCAAGGAAUUCGCGAGAGCAAUAUCGAUAAAAAAAAUUACUAUUAUGCGUUCCGAGGUAUUCCGUACGCGAAGCCACCCCUUGGGAAGUUGAGAUUCAAGGACUCGGAACCAGCAGAACCAUGGUCUGGUUUGAAAGACGCCACUAAAUUUGGUAAUGUAUGUGCGCAAAAAGAUUUUUUCACAAGACGCACACUAGGAAAUGAAGACUGUCUUUUUUUGAAUGUCUAUACCUCGGAUUUGAAACCUGUCGAGCCUCGAGCUGUUAUGGUUUGGAUUCACGGGGGCGCAUUUUUCUUUGGUUCUGGAAAUGAUGACAUUUAUGGCCCGGAUUAUCUCGUUGAAAAAGAUGUCGUUGUAGUUACGAUAAACUACCGUCUUGGGAUGAUAGGUUUCCUCAAUUUGGAGGAUGAAGCAGCGCCAGGUAACCAGGGAUUGAAAGACCAGGUCUUGGCUUUGAAAUGGGUGCAGAAGAACAUUGAUAAAUUUGGUGGGGACCCGAAUCGCGUCACUAUUUUUGGAGAAAGCGCUGGAAGUGCUUCAGUUCAUUAUUUGACUUUAUCUCCUCUAGCUCAAGGACUAUUUCAAAAAGCUAUUCUGCAAAGUGGAGUUGCAACAAAUACGUGGGCAAGUGCGCCAUCUUCUAUGAAAGAGGCAGCCGAAAAAGUAUCAGAAAAAUUGGGAAAUAAAGUUACGGACACAAAGAAACUUAUUGAGUUCUUACAAAGUGUGGAUGCACUCAAGUUAGCCGAAGCAGAAGAUCCUCUUAAAACUUGGACGAAUUUUUAUGAAACCGUGAAUCCUUUCACGCCAUCAGUGGAUUCGAAAGCCAAAAAUCCAUUUUUGAAUAUCCCGCUAACCGAAGCGAUCAAAUCCGGAAUCAAAGUGCCUCACAUUAUUGGCUACAACAGCGAUGAAGGAAUAAUUUUUAUCACAGGUCUAGAAGAUGAUGAGUAUUCAAAAAUAGACGCUAAUCGAGACACGUUAUUGGUCCACCCAACUGAAGAACGAUUUUUGAAACAGAAAAACGUGUCAUCGAGUGAUGUAACGAAAUUUUUCAUCGGCGACAAAGCUAUUAAUCGUGAAAAUGCUAAAGACUUAGUAGAUUUGCUAAGUGCUAGAUUUUUUUUGAUUAACAUCCACAACAUACUCGAAAUUCAAUCUUCGAUAGCUGACGUACCGACAUAUUUAUAUAAACUUGAUUUCUACUCGAAGGAAACUUCAAUAGUGCAAAAAAUUUUUGCUACUGAUUUACAAGGUACUUGUCAUGCUGAGGAUAUAUUUUUCAUUUUCUACCCGAAAAUGUUGAAAUUACUUGAGCUGAAACCACCAGCUUCUAAUACAAUUGAAUAUAUAAUUCAAGAAAGAUUCCUCGAACUGUGGACUAAUUUCGCCAAAACUGGAAAUCCGAAUAGAGGAACAUCAGAAUUGAUUCCAAUUGAAUGGCCGCCUGUUGACAACCCAACUGAAUGGAAGUGUCUCAAAAUUUCAACGGAUCUCAGCUUGAUCAAAGAAUCAAAUAUAUUAGAUCGCAUAUCUAAUUCCCCGAAAAAAGUUAAGUUGUUUGCGGUUUAUAUAAUUAUGGAUAACAAUCCAAUUGUUCAAGUGCAACAAGGUAAACUGUGUGGUAUUCGCGAGACAAAUGUCGUUGGAAAUAAUCCAUUUUACGCGUUCCGAGGUAUCCCGUAUGCUAAAUCACCAGUUGGAGAUUUGAGAUUUAAGGAUCCAGAGCCAGUGGAACCGUGGUCUGGAGUGAAAGAUGCCAAAGAAUAUGGUGGUAUCUGUGCGCAAUAUGAUUGGAGAACGAAACAAAUAGUAGGAAGUGAUGAUUGCCUCUAUUUAAAUGUCUUUACAAGGGAAUUAAAUCCUGCGAUACCACGAGCUGUUAUGGUCUGGAUUCACGGAGGCGGCUUUGUUGGUGGUUCCGGAAAUGAUGACGUUUAUGGUCCGGAUUAUCUUGUUGAGAAAGAUAUUGUGUUGGUUACAAUAAACUACCGUCUGGGUAUUUUGGGUUUUCUCAAUUUGGAAGAUGAAUCAGCGCCCGGAAAUCAGGGAUUAAAAGAUCAAGUGAUGGCUUUGAAAUGGAUUCAGCAAAACAUAUCGAAAUUUGGUGGGGAUCAAAAUAAUGUUACUAUUUUUGGUGAAAGUGCUGGUGGUGCUGCAGUUCAUUACUUGACCCUUUCACCCUUAACUCAAGGACUAUUCCAUAAAGCGAUUUUACAAAGUGGAGUCGCGACUAAUCCAUGGGCGAGCUCAUCACAUUCCAUGAAAGAAGAAGCAGAAAAAAUAGCUGACAAACUUGGGAACAAAGUUACUGAUGUCAAAAGACUUAUUGAGUAUUUACAAAGCAUUGACGCAAUUAGUUUAGUAAAAGCGUUACAUUCACUCCAAACUUGGAAGCAUCGUCUUUUAAUUUCAAAUCCAUUUUUACCAUCAGUGGAUUCAAAAUCAAAAAAUCCGUUUUUGAAUGUCCCGCUAAAUGAAGCCGUUAAAUCUGGGAUUAAAGUUCCAACUAUUAUUGGUUACAAUAGUCACGAAGGAAUUAUCCUUCUCGCAGAAUUGAAAGAUGAUCAUUAUACUCAAAUAGAAGCUAACGCAGACGCAUUACUAUUACAUCCAAAUGCAAAAAAAUUUUUGAAUGAGCGAAAUAUAUCAGUGGGUGAUAUUAAAAACUUUUUCAUGGGUAAUAAGAAAAUAAGCUCUGAAAAUGUAAAAGAAUAUGUAGAUUUGCUGAGCGCGGCACAAUUUUUGAUAAAUAUUCAUCAUAUCCUCGAAAUCCAACCUUCGAUUCCUGGUAUACCGACUUAUGUUUAUAAAUUUGACUACUACUCCAAAGAAACUUCCAUAAUGCAAAAAGUAUUCGGCGUCGAUUGCGAAGGAACUUCGCAUGGGGAAGAACUAUUUUACUUUUUCUAUCCAAAAAUGUUCAAAGUACUCGGAAUGGAACCGCUGGCUCCCGGUUCAACUGAGUACAGUAUCCAGCAAAGAUUUCUACAUCUCUGGACUACCUUCGCCAAAACUGGAAAUCCAAACUCAAAAUCGGAGGAAAUUCCUAUCGAAUGGCGACCUAUCGACAACUCAACCGAGUAUCAUUGUCUGAAAAUAUCAAAAGAUCCCAGUCUUAUUAAAGAGUCAAGUAUUUUACAUCAAAUAUAUAAACUCGUUAAAAAUAAAUUAUAAGUUACGUUUAUUGUAAUCUCUGUCCAAAAGUUCCCAAAGGAUCCACACAAAUGAGAACUUUUCAAAAGAAAUGGGCGUAUUUAUAUUUUUUCAUCAGAAAUAAAUGAGAUUGCUUAUAAUUUAUCGUAGAAAAUUUUAAA